UUUAGUUGCAUUUACGUUUCAAUUGUGAAGCUGCUAGAACGUGCUUUAAAUUAUCUAGUUGCUAAAAUGCAAAUAUCUGGGCUUUUUUCCAUUUGCUUUGUUUGCAUUUUGUGGCCAAGUUUGGUGAGUGGGCAGGGUCAUGUGCUUGAUAAACCCGUCACUGAAUUGUGCCUAAAUUGCAUCUGUGAAGCAAUCAGUGGCUGCAAUGCAACUGCCAUUUGCAUCAAUCCAGAGAAGGGCGCUUGUGGCAUCUUUCGCAUAACUUGGGCCUAUUGGGUGGAUGCCGGAAAACUCACAAUUAAUGGGGAACUUCCUGAGUCAGAGCAUGCGUUUAUCCACUGCGCCAACGAUCCACAUUGUGCAGCAAACACUGUCCAGAAUUACAUGAAACAGUUCAAUCAGGAUUGCAAUGAUGAUGGUGAAAUGGAUUGUCUUGACUAUGCGAGAAUACAUAAGCUGGGUGCCUACAGUUGCAAGGGGGGAUCUACCCUAUAAUUAUCAAAGCACAUUCGAGGAAUGCAUUGAGAAUUACGAGGAUCAAGGAUUUGAGUAAAAAAAGCAGAUGGUCCCUUCUAAGUCAGAUAAUGUUUUUAAUUUUAUUUGCUUUCAAGCUUAAUUUAAGUAUAGUUAAUCGCACUUGUUCAAACGGUUAAAUCGGAAAUAAAUCGUUUUUUACAAAGUCAUUUGCUUUGUCAAUGUUAGACAGCAUUAAUUUAAACCGGUUAAAUAAUUUGUACGAUGUAAUUCCCCGGAUCGCACACUAUUAACUAACUAUAGAAAUAGACAAGCUUGUUUUCGUUUGCGACAGCGAAUAAAAAUGAAUAAACAAUCGUGGAAAACUUUCA